AGCGAAAGGUUUCGAUAUUAUCUUGUCCGAUAGAGAGAGAAACCGAACAGAGAGAGAGAGAGAGGGCUGGAACAGUGGAAGGAGAGGAAGAACCGAAGGAGCGGAAGAUUUCGAUUCCCUUUGAAAGUUGAAACCCUAACCCUAGGAGGUGAAUAUGUUGAUGGGAGGUGGAGAUAACGAAACCCUAAGUCGGAUGACCAUGAUGUCAGCCAUGCCACUGCAACUGAACCCGGCGACGAUAUCCGGGGAGAUUCCGACGUCGAGCGUCUCGGCCAAGAAGGACGACAGGAUUCCCCAAUGGGGCCAUCAAGAAACCAGAGACUUCAUCGCGAUUCGUGCUGAGUUGGAGAGGGACUUCACCGUCGCGAAGCGAAAUAAGACCCUUUGGGAGAUUGUUGCCGCGAAAAUGAAGGAGAGAGGCUACAGGAGGAGUCCGGAUCAGUGCAAAUGCAAGUGGAAGAACCUUGUUAAUCGUUAUAAGGGGAAAGAAACAUCGGAUCCAGAGAAUGGGCGACAAUGCCCCUUUUUCGAGGAGCUGCACGCGGUGUUCACAGAACGAGCAAAGAACAUGCAGCGCUUACUCCUGGAAUCAGAGGCUAGCGCUGCCGGGCAAGCGAAGAAGAAGGUGAAGAGGCCGAGUGGUGAUCGAUCCUCCGAAGACUUAUCGGACGACGACAACGAGGAUGACGACGAUAGUGAAGAGGAGCGCCUCCCGAAGAGCACCCGGAAGAGAAAAGCCGAGAAGCGGGCAUUGGAUAAAUCGUCGUCAAGGACGGGCAUUAAUAGCAGUAGCAUACAAGAAAUGCUCCAGGAGUUCUUUGUGCAGCAGCAGAGGAUGGAGAUGCAAUGGAGAGAGAUGAUGGAGAGGAGGGCGCAGGAGAGGCAGAUGUUUGAGCGGGAAUGGCGGCAGUCCAUGGAGAAGCUGGAGAGGGAGAGGAUGCUUUUGGAGCAGGCGUGGAAGGAGAGGGAGGAGCAGAGGAGGAUGAGGGAAGAGAGCCGAGCUGAGAAGCGGGAUGCCCUGUUGACAUCUCUGUUAAACAAACUCCUCCAGGAAGAUCACCUCUGAAUUUCUGGUAGAGGGUAUGAGUAUUAAGUUUAUUCUGAAUGCCAUUAUUAUCCUAAAUAUAUGCAUUCCCCAAGUUCUAAGUUCUAACCGAAAGAAGAUAACUUAAGCUUGGUCUUCUUCUGCACAGAGACUGUAAAGAAGAGAGAAAGAGCAUAGGAAAAGGAAAUUGUAUACAGCAAAAGAUAGAGUUGUAACUGGGUUUGUAUACAAGAUGAAAAAGAAAAUAAGGAUGUUUUUGCUAAAUUUGAUUUGGACUAUUGGACUGCCUUUUUUUGUUUUUGGGUGGUGGGGGAUGUUUAUUGGUUUAUUUGUUAGUUUGUUUAUUUGUACAAGGAAGCGUUUGGCCGUUUGUGAUGGUUCAAGAACAGUUAAUAGUGGGAAUUAUGAUCACCUGCCCUGAA